AUGGAUCCUUGUAGGUCCUUUUCUCUAAUCUUUAGUGGCGCGCUGAAGCGUGUUCUUCUAGAACCAGCCCUCUUCCCCACGCCUACUGCCAACGGAACGUCCGUUCCGCUCUUCCUCGGAACCGCGGGUGCACUCUACGCCUGCUCGGCGUUGACACAAGUGCCUGUGCAAGAUAGUGAUUCAUGCAGAUACUUGUCGAUUCAAGGCGAGUUCCAAUGUUGGGGAACUUUUGUGCCGAUGUCGAAAUUCGGAUGUUCGGCAUCCAACGAGGCCGCCACAGUAGAGUCUGCGCUGUUGUGCUCGCGUAUCAUUGAGGUGCUGGAUGUACGCAUCUAUCGUCAGCGUCGAUCCGCGCUGGGACCUGGUUACUCGGAACUCCCUAGGAAUGAGAUGGGCGGAUGGUCCCGCGGAUGUGCCAAGCUUCAGAACAGCGAGAAGACGCAGUGGCACACCGUCAAUCCAGUCAUCUUUGAUCGUGGGUACAGGUCCGCGUGUCGCGGUAUUGUUGUUGAAAGAACGGACAGAAUCAGCCUCGUGAAAAUGGUGAUCAACUGGUUCCGCUGGAAGGGAGCUUGGAGAGUGGAACCACCGGCAUAUCAAUGGAGUCACCCAAUGCUCGAUGCCCUCGCAAUGAUCGACGACUAG